AAGCUGCCCCUUUUUUCUUCAUGGCUUUGCUGACCAAAAUGGGCAGCCUUUGGUAUUGUGUGUUUCUCUGUGAGAAAGGGUAAAAAAGAAAGGCUCAAUAAACGACAUGGCCGUUGCUUCAUCAUGUUGAGUCUGUCUUAACUUAGAAUUAAAAAGGAAAAGGAGGGAGAAGGGAGAGACCCUUAACACUGACUCACUCUCACUCUCUCUUCUCUUUCUUUCUUUCUUUCUUUCUCUCUGCACUUUAUACUGUUCAAAUUCGAUACUUUGCUGUUUUUACAGAGAACGAGGCCCCUUUGGCUGCAUAGCACAGAGAAAGAGAAGCUCUAUGAGCUUUAUAUCUCUCUAAAACUUUCUCUCUCCCCUUCUAUCUGCUUAUCUUAUGUUUGCCUUCUGCAUUGUCUUCUUCUACUUCAGAAUCUCUCCCCAUUUCCUCUUCAUUCUCAUUCAUCACAAGUUUUACCCUUUUCUUUUGGGUUUCUCCUGCUUAGUAAGAGGAAAGGAAUUUUGGGUUUGAUCUUCCUAAGUAUUUGGAGAAGUGGGUGUGUUUGGUUUGGUUUGGAUUGUGGGAGAACUCUUAAGUUCUUGGUUGGAGAAUCCUUUUGCCUUGCCCAUUUUAUUUGGUUUCCAUGGGUGUUUUGAGGAUUUGAAGCAAAACCCUCAAAUUCUGUGUGGGGGGAAAGAGUAGUUGUGGAGCUGUAUGAAGUAGUGGUGGAACAAUGAGAGAUGAAAAUUCUAAGAAAAGCAAGCUCUCAUGGUCCAAGAAAAUGGUCAGAAAGUGGUUCAAUAUUAGGUGUAAAAGCGAGGAUUUUCAAGCGGACGAUGUUGCUUAUAGAGGAGGUGAAAUGGAUUACAGAAGCAGCAGCUUUUCAGAGAGGGAACCAUGCACCAUCAAGAAAAGCAAAACAGAGAAAUUUAGCAAAAAUGGCGAGCAAGGGCGGCGAGGGAAGAUGAAUCUUGACCAUCCUCGUAUUAUUGAUGUGCAGAACUAUAGCAUUUUUGUUGCUACAUGGAACGUGGCUGGAAGAUCUCCUCCUAGCAAUCUAAAUCUGGACGAUUGGCUUCAAUCCUCACCCCCUGCAGAUAUUUAUGUUCUUGGAUUUCAGGAGAUAGUGCCAUUAAAUGCUGGUAAUAUACUGGGUGCAGAAGACAAUGGCCCUGCUAAAAAAUGGCAGGCUCUCAUUCGAAAAACUCUAAACAAUCUUCCAGGAACGAGUGGUGUUAAUUCAUGUUAUACCCCUUCUCCGAUUCCGAAACCCAUCGUGGAAUUAAAUGCAGAUUUUGAGGGGUCUGCUAGGCAGAAGAAUUCAUCUUUCUUCCAUCGCCGAUCAUUUCAAACUACUAACAGCUGGCGAAUGGAUGAUCCUUCAAUACCACAGCCACGACUCGAUCGAAGGUUCAGUGUAUGCGACCGUGUUAUCUUCGGUCAUCGGUCAAGUGAUUUUGAUCCUAACUUCAGAUGGGGUCACAGGCCAAGUGAUUACUGCAGACCAAGUGACUACUCAAGGCCAAGUGACUAUUCCAGGUCCAGUGACUUUUGCAGGCCAAGUGACUACUCUAGGCCAAGCGACUUUUGCAGGCCGAGUGACUACUCGAGGCCUAGCGACUGCUCACGAUGGGGAUCAUCAGACGAUGAUAAUGUUCCGUGGGAGUCACCAAGCACUGUUUUAUUUUCACCAAUGUCCCAUGGUGGUUCUUCAUCACAGGAUGGUGGAUAUAGAAUGCCAGGAAAUUCAAGAUAUUGCUUAGUUGCAAGCAAACAAAUGGUUGGGAUAUUUCUCACAAUAUGGGUAAAAAGUGACUUGAGGGAUCAUGUGCGAAACAUGAAAGUUUCUUGUGUUGGUAGAGGAUUGAUGGGCUACCUUGGGAAUAAGGGAUCAAUUUCUGUCAGCAUGUCUUUGCAUCAGACAAGCUUUUGCUUCAUUUGUACUCACUUAACAUCUGGAGAGAAAGAAGGCGAUGAGCUUAGAAGAAACUCAGAUGUAAUGGAGAUUCUUAAGAAGACAAGGUUCCCACGAGUUCACGGUGCAAGCAGCGACGAGAAAUCCCCAGAAACAAUCCUUGAGCACGAUCGCGUUAUUUGGCUUGGGGAUUUAAACUAUCGGAUCGCUCUUUCAUACCGUUCUGCCAAGGCUCUCGUAGAGAUGCAAAACUGGAGGGCAUUGCUUGAGAAGGAUCAGUUACGAAUCGAACAAAGACGUGGGCGUGUAUUUUCCGGAUGGAAUGAAGGAAAGAUUUAUUUUCCUCCCACAUACAAGUAUUCGACAAAUUCAGACCGAUAUGCAGGGGAAGGUGCUCACCCAAAAGAGAAACGUCGUAAACCCGCUUGGUGUGAUCGGAUAUUGUGGCAUGGAGAAGGCCUCCAUCAGUUAUCAUACGUCCGUGGAGAGUCUAGGUUUUCAGAUCAUAGACCGGUUUAUGGAGUGUUUUGGGCUGAGGUUGAGUCAAGCCGAGGGAGAUUGAAGAAAAGCAUGAGUUAUUCGAGCUCCAGGAUUGAGGUCGAGGAGCUUCUCCCUUACGCACAUGGAUACACUGAACUCAACUUUUUCUGAUAGUGAGAUCAUAUGGCUCCACAAUCCAGCCAUAAAUAGAGUGAGGCCUGUGGAAGAACUUAAACGUAAGCUAUCCCCCAUUUCACCAACCUUUAUAGCUCAAGCCACUCUGCCCUAUCUUUUUUUGGCUGACCCGAAACUUUGUAUAUCAUAAUCCUAGAAAAUUUUCCAAUAAGGUUCCUCCCCCAAAGUGAAUGAUGUCUUGCGGCAAUCAGUUACAAACUAGAUUAGGACUUGUUUUGAGUCUCCUUUUCAAAACUUUGCUCCACUCUUCCAUAAUUCAACCCUCAAGAAAGUUAUCUGAUUUGAUUGCCAAAUCUGGUCCCAGAUGGUGGUGGAGCUCAUCCUUGAAGGCUGAUGGAGACAUUUCAUAGCCCAUAGUCCAAAAAAGUCCUCAUUCUGAAUUCCCUUUAGGUUAGCUAAUUUCACUGACCUUCUUUCCCAACACAUUAUGCCUUUGGUCAUCAUAUCUUGUUAGCUGCUACUGCCUCCUGAGUUUACUCACUUUUAGUACAACCUGCAUAAUUCGGUCUCCUAAUCGACGACGCUUAGCUUUCAGGAUUGGAUAAACUCGUCCAGUAAAGCAACGCCAUGUGGAUUGACUAAUAUUUUUGCCCUCUUUUUAAUUUUUUUCUUCCCUUCAUUUCUUGAUUCUUUUUCUGUCUAGGAAUACACAUUGUUUGCUAAAUACAAGUGAAAGGUAGUCAAAUGAAUGAUUUGUAGCACUCUUUUUUCCCUUUUCUUUUUUCAUUUUCCUCAAAUCCAAAAAGAGCAAAAAAUCAGUGGAUGUAUGAUAGUCAUUACCAUAGUGAAAGAGGUGAAAACCCCCCCCAAAAAAAGAAGAAAAAGUUAAUGAAAAAGAUUUAUUUAUUACAGUAUGAAAA